CUGCCUUCUCCUAAAAUCUCUGCCACUCUCUCAGCUCGCAACCCCAACCUUUCCAUUCUCUCGCUUCAUCAUCAUUAUCAUCAUCUUCUUCUUCUUCAAUUUAUCUCUAUAGCAUUUCCCGCCUUCUAUUAUGUUUACUUUGACUCGAGUUUUCAGCUUUCUGGAAUUUGAAUUAAGUUAGAGGAAUCAGUUUGAAUGCGAGGAGAACGUGGUUGGAAAUGAAGAGGAAAACGCCACUUCAGCUUGCAGAACUUGAGGACUUAUAUAAAGAUAAAAUAUUUCCUACCCAGGAGGAGAUGGGAGACUAUGCUUUGUAUUUAGGACUAACUCUAAAGCAGGUUCAGCAGUGGUUUAUCAAUAAAAGGAAAAGGGAUAAAGGAACUAUAUUACCUAUUCGUUCUAUGAAAAAACCCUCUGCUUGUACAAAAAGGAACGCCACCGGCAUUUUUGCUGCUAACGAGAAUCAUAAAAACAGUUCUUCAGUCCGAGCAAAUAUCUUUGGCAAGAAAAAGAAGGAAAUGCUUCUUCCUCAGGAUUUGUUGCCUGCUCAGUGCAUUCUAAAGAAGGUGUUUCGCAAGGAUGGUCCUCCGCUCGGUGUGGAAUUCGACUCUCUUCCUUCCCAGGCCUUUUUCCGUUGCGAAGGUUCUAAAGAGUCUCAUCCUACUGAUCAAGUGUGUGAAAGAGGAGCAGCCAAAAGGAGAAAGAUUUUUGAGUUUAUCGGCAUGAACCAUCAGAACAACAGUAAUGAGAAAGCCCCAAUGAAGAAACAUGGAAUUGGAAAAGGUUUGAUGACAACUUGGAGGGUUGUGAACCCUGAGGGUGGAUAUAUUCCUACUGGCAUUGAUUUUUCUAGUCGAGAAAUUGGUGCUCCUCAAACUCGUCCUGCAGUGCGAAGGCAACCACCUCAGAACAAAAGGCGGCAGCCUUUAGUGUCUCAAAUGAAACAGAGAAGUUUGGAAAAGAAGAUACAGGAAAAGAAGAGGGCUUCCAUUAAGAGGAGAGAUGUACAUAUGUUGCAAUCUAACAAAAAUGACAAUCAGAUGCAACCACGCAGAGAAAAAUGUGAACUUGCUUUGGAUGGAACUGUAUCCAAUGAAUGUCUUGAUCAACUUGCAAUGCUAGUUGAUGAUGAAGAAUUAGAGUUGAGGGAGUUAGAAGCUGGACCAAAUCCAUUAACAUGUGCGGAUCAUCUGGGUACAAGUGGAUUGCUUGGUUGCUCCCUUUGCAAAGAUUUGCUGGCCAAGUUUCCACCAAGUACGGUUAAGAUGAAGCAACCAUUCAGUAUGCAACCCUGGGAUUCUUCUCCCGAAACUGUCAAAAAACUGUUCAAGGUUUUCCAUUUCUUGUAUACCUAUUCAGUAACACUUGACAUAUGCUCAUUUACGCUUGAUGAGUUUGCUCAGGCAUUUCAUGAUAAGGAUUCCUUGUUACUUGGUAAAAUUCACGUUUCCCUUCUUAAGCUUCUUUUAUCUGAUGUCCAAGAAGAGCUGAGUGGUGCACUUUUGCCUCAUUUUAGCUUGUCUUGCAAGUUUCUUGCUCUUCUUCAAUCGGUAGAGAAUCAAGAAUUUGUGAUCGACUUCUGGAAGACAUCCUUGAACCCUCUGACAUGGACAGAAAUACUACGCCAAGUUUUAGUUUCAGCUGGCUUUGGUUCAAAACAAGGUCUAUUACGCAGGGAAGCCCUUAGAAAGGAAAUGGACCACAUGGUGAGGUUUGGCCUACGCCCCGGUAGUUUAAAGGGUGAGCUGUUUAAAAUUUUGUCACAGAGAGGAAAUAAUGGGCUAAAGGCUUCAGAUUUGGCAUUGUCUUUGAAAGUUACUGAAUUGAAUCUCACUAGCACGACUCAGGAACUCGAAGAAUUAAUAUGUUCAACUCUUUCAAGUGAUAUUACUUUAUUUGAAAAGAUUUCAUCAUCUGCGUAUCGUCUGCGCUGUAGUUCUGUUGCAAAGGACAGCAAUGAUUGUCAUUCUGAUACUAAGGAUUCUGGAAGUGUUGAUGAUGACUCCGAUGACAGCAGUGAUGAUUCUGAGUGCGACUCAAGAAAUUACUAUCAAAGGAAAAUAAAGCAUGAUAACCGUUUUAAAAGUAAAAAUAACAAUUUGGCAGUCCACACUGAAAUUGAUGAAAGCCAUCCAGGAGAGGUGUGGUUGCUAGGACUUAUGGAAGAUGAAUAUUCUGACUUGAGCAUUGAAGAGAAGCUGAAUGCAUUAGUGGCUUUGAUUGAUCUUCUUAGCGCUGGUUCCAGUAUCCGAAUGGAGAAUCCUAGUAAAGCCAUUGUUGAGUUUGUUCCCAGCAUCCCUCGCUAUGGUUCUGGAGCAAAGAUUAAGAGAUCAUCAACUCGACAAAAUUUUCCUAGGCCAUCUUGGGUCUAUGGUGGACAAGAACCACACACAUCAUCAGACUCUCGCCCCGUUGACUCAUCAGCAUUUACAAAGUUUUUUGAAAAAGAAAAAUGUUCUAGCAGUGGAAAGGAUGCAAAACAAACCGAAGUAGGAGUUUAUAUACACCCAAUGCAAUCUGUAUUUUUGGGCUCUGAUCGUAGGUACAACAGGUAUUGGCUUUUCUUGGGCCCUUGUAAUGGAUAUGACCCUGGACAUAGGAGAAUUUACUUUGAAUCUUCUGAAGAUGGUCAUUGGGAAGUCAUAGACACUGAAGAGGCAUUGCGGUCCUUGUUGGCAGUUUUGGAUGACAGGGGUAAACGUGAAGCUCUUCUUAUUGAAUCCUUAGAGAAGCGGGAAACUUCACUUCGUCAAGAAAUGUCGAGCAGACAUUUAUGUGGUUCAGAAAUCGGGUACAUGCAAUCUGGUUCACCUGAGAUGGAUGCCGCAAGAGAAAACAGUUGUUCUCCUGUUUCUGAUGUUGACAACAUAAGCUUGACAGUGGCUGUGAAUGAAUCUUUAACCUCGUGCAGUGCUAUAGUUCUUUAUGCUGGGAAGAAGGGAGAAGAACAAAAACAAAUGUGGAAACGUCUUCAAGAAUUUGAUGUGUGGAUAUCGAAUUACUUUUACUUGAACCUUAAUGCUGUAAAACACAACAAGUGUUCUUAUCUUGAGUCGCUUACCAGAUGUGAAAGUUGUCAUGAUUUGUACUGGAGAGAUGAGAAGCAUUGUAGGAUUUGCCAUACCACAUUUGAGAUUGAUUUUGAUCUAGAAGAGAGGUAUGCCAUCCAUGUGGCUACAUGCAGACAGGAAGGAGACAACAGUACUUUCCCGAGUUUCAAAGUCCUACCAUCACAGUUGCAAUCACUGAAAGCUGCAGUCCAUGCAAUUGAGUCAUUUAUGCCUAAAGAUGCUUUAGUUGGUGCUUGGACAAAGUCUGCUCACAGGUUGUGGGUCAAACGGUUGCGACGGACAUCGUCUUUGUCUGAGCUUUUGCAGGUUGUUGCCGAUUUUGUUGCAGCAAUUAAUGAGAAUUUGUUGAAUCAAUGCCAUAUUGAACAAGAGGGUUGCACUAUUAUUAAAGAAAUCAUAGCAUGCUUUCCAACCAUGCCCCAAACAUCAUCUGCACUUGCACUCUGGUUGGUGAAGUUGGACGAGUUCAUUGCAUCAUAUUUGAAGAAGGCUCAUUCUGAAAGGAACUUAAAUGGGACCAGAUCAGCGUAUUUCAGAUAGUGGAGCACCAGAUGAAUAAAGUCAGCCAUUUUCAGUGCUUGUACAAAAUGGGGAGCUCAUUUGGCUAUGCAAGGCAUUUGACUUUACUUCUUUUCUCUUUGCUCUUCAAAGUACUGAACUGACCACGGUUAUUAUUCCGGCUAUUCAUCAGUGGGAGCUUUCUUUGAUGCAUUAGAAGUUUAAUUUGGAAAGAUGAAAGCAGAAAAACGUUAUGAGACUGUACAGGGCAGAGUUUUGGCUAGAUUUUCAUUUUUGAACAUUCCUCCUCUGCUUAGAUAAUCUAGAUGUUGUACAGGGUUAGGUUCAUACAUAUAUAUGCCCAGGGAAAUCAAGCGUUUUUUUGAUACAAUGGGAACCCAAGUCAGUUACCAUUUUCUACCUACCUUCGGUCAAGGUAGCAAAAUGAAUGUUGCAGUAAAAAUCUCUUUUCAUUGAUGUAGACGGC